AGAGUGGAGCUGAGCGCUGUGCAGACAGCGCCGUGCAUCUGUCGCUGAGCCCAGAGGCGCUGAGGACACAUCAUGGGCAACUGCAUCCCGGGGAGCCCUGAAAUCGUGGUGAACAGAACCUCCUCGUUCCUCCUGGACCUCUUCAACUCCAUCUACGAUGAGGGCUACACAGACAACGACACGGACAGCAACUAUGAGGACUUUGUGGCCGCAGAGCCGUGCCACAACCGCUACUGCCCCUUCUUCUACCGCGCCGCACCGCCCUUCCUGGCCGCCACCGCUGCCACCGCCCUCGUGGCCACGGCUGCCCUGCUGCUGGCCCUGGCCCUGCGUCCCCACGCCUGGCCCCGUGGCCGCGCGUUGGUGGCCCAACUGGCCGCGUGCUGCGGGCUGUUCGCCAUCACCCUGCCGCCGACGGCCGCGGGCAUCGCGUGGGGGUGGCGGGCGGGCGAGGGGCCGUGCAGGGCUGUGCUGCUGCUGCAGCACGGCAGCGUGUUGGCACAGGGGCUGCUGCUGGGUGCCGGGGGGUUCGGUGUGUGGGGCCGAGGUUGGUGCGUGGAGGCGGUCCUUUGGGUGGCGGCGGUGGUGAUGGCGGUGCCGGCGGCGCUGAGCGGUGGCACCGCGGGGACGGGGCUGAGCGCGCAGUGCGUGCAGCGCAACGUGGAUGUGGACUCUGCUGUGCAUCUGCUGCAGCUCACCGUGUGUUGCUGCGUCCUUCUGCUGCUGCCCGGAGCGCUGCUGACGGCUGCGGUGCUGAGGGGGAUGCGGGGUGCGAUGGGGCGCGGGGUGGGGUGGCUGUUCUGGGGGUUGUGGGCACCCUAUGGGGUGGUGGUGGUGGUGGAGCUCCUGCUGGAGGUGGGGGUGAUGCCGCUCACCUGCAGUGCCUUUGAGAGCUUUGAUUUCGCGCUGGGGCUGAGCACGGCGCUGGGGGGGCUGCACUGCUGCCUCGCGCCCCUCAUGCUGCUCCUCACUGCCUUCUGUGGUCACAAAGGGGGGGAAAAGUGCUGAGCGCCCCAAAACGGCACCCACAGCCCCGUCCCCGCACCCCCACGGGUGGUCCCGACGGCUGUGGGUCGCACUGCUCCUCAACACCCCACAAAGGGCACUGCUCCCCCUGCACCCAUGGGUGCCAUUGGCCUUUAAGCUCCCCGUGGGUGGCACUGUUCCCCCGGAACCCCACAAAUGCUAUUGCUCAGCACCCAUGGGUGCCCUUCAAGCACCCCAGGAGGAGUGGCAGUGCCCCCCCAGCACCUAUAAGUGGCACUUCUCCCCCCCCCCCCCCGACAAACCCUGACCCCACCACCACACGGGUGGGGGUUCUAUACAAUAAAUGUCUCUGCAGCCCCAGUGCCCACAUCCUGGUUUAAUGCCUAGGAGGGGGAGGGGGUCUCCUUCCCCAAAACAACCCACAUCCUCACACCCCACUGCUGCCCCACGGCUGCCCCAUGGAACUCUCCAUAGCCACCCCAUGGAGCUCCCCACUGCCAUUCUAUGCCCCCCUCCCACAGGAACCCCCACUUGCACCCCAUGGGGCUCCCCACUGCCGCCCCACAGAGUUCCCCACGAGCACUGUGGGGCUGAGCUCCCCUUGUUGGCACAGCAGUGGCUGUGGGGCGCAGUGUGGGACGGCUCAGUGCUUCCUGGGGAUGCCCAUCCCCAGGAGCGCCACGUUCCAUCCCAUUAUCAUCUCCGGUCCCAUUCCCACAGGGCUGUGGGGUGGAAGCAGGAGGAACUGCUCCUGGGGCUCCGCAUGAGGGGGGGACGCUUAAUGAGGCGCUGUGAUUAAUUAGCAGGAAGGGAACUGACUGAGCCCGGCAUUUGGCCAACGCUUGGAAAUCCCCAUUAGGGACAGUCCUGCGGUGACAAAGGGUCUGGGGGGGAAGUGGAGGGGGGUCAGGGGGCACAGACAGCCCCAGAGGACACACGGACUCACUCAGAGGACAGAAGGCUCGGGGUUGAGGCGAUACCUCGUGGUGGGGUGACCCCACACCCGACCCCACACCACGCGCCCCAGGCACAGCUCCA